AUUACAAUAGUUACAAUAGUUCAGGCUAAAUGUGAAAUUUACUCCAAUAAACUAAAUAUUUUUUGGUAUAAAAAUGUUAUUCUCCUCUCGCUCGGUAAUUGGUACUUAGGGCUGCGUCAGGGUUUAAUUCCGAAGGUUUUCGGAUUCGUUCGCAAUGGCGCCAGAUGGGAAGAAGAAUAAAACCGAUGAGGAAUCCAUGGAUUAUAUUUCGAGGUUGCCUGAAUCUGUUAUUCAUCACAUACUGUCAUUCCUUCCCUUCGAGCGUAUCGUCCGUACUUCUGUGCUGUCCAAGACCUGGAAUCGUUUUUGGUCCAAUUACCCUAACGUUGAUUUGAUGCUGGAUCACGUGAUGUACGAUUGUCCUCGCCAUCAAUUCCUGUGUACUUUCGAAAGGAUCAUGCACCAGUGCCUUUUUCGAAAAGAUUGCAUACAGAAAUUGGGGUUACUUAUCCGUUUCCCUGUUCUGGAGGAGUUGGUGCCCUUUUUGGAUCGGGCAUUGGGGGAUGCAAUUGUGAGGAAUGUUUCUGUGCUAGUGAUUAAACUCCAUUGCCGCGUGGAAAGUGAUGGCCCAUACUGUUUCUAUUCUAUUCCUCGGGGAGUUUUUACUGGUUGGCUAAAGGUUUUAGAGAUUGAGAGAUGUAAGUUUGAGGGUUGCCAUGCUUGCAUUGAGCUUCCGUAUCUUCAGAAGUUCACACUUAAUUGCUGCAAAUUCUUCGGUGAGAAUUUGUUAAAUGAGAUUUUAUGUGGCUGUCCUGAGUUGGAGUUUCUGGAUGUUUCGUUUUGUGAAGGUGUUGGACAUUGUCUCUCUGUUUUGAGUAAACCUCGGUUGAAAUAUUUUAACCUGUUCCAUGUUAAAGAGCCUGCAAGGAUUGAAGUCUCUGCACCCCGUCUUGAAACAUUCAAAUGCAGUUUACUGAAACCUUGUUCCAUUGACUUGGCUUGUUGCGUUGUCCUGAAAUAUUUGGAAUUGGAUGGAGCUGACCUCUCUGCUGAUUAUGUUCCCAUUCAGGAUCUUUUGUCUAAGUUUCUCUAUAUUGAAGAAUUGCAAUUGGGUAACUGUAGAGUUGCUGACAAAUUUGAGAUCUCGAGUUCAUGCCUCAAGAAACUACGCAUCAUUGAUUUUAGCAACUUUCCUGGUGCUGAAAUUGACAUUCCAAAUUUACUCCAUCUAGACUUUGCUUUUACAGGUGCAUGUAAUUCUCGAAGUAAGUUCUGUUCUUGGAAUGUUCCAAUGGUAGAAGAAAUUCACAUGGCAUUUUCUGUUCAAAGCUUUCGGGCUCUUUGCAGGGCUGGACUAAAAGGUUUUCUUAUGAAAUUACGUAACUAUGAGAAUUUGAAAUUGCUUAUUGCAUGUAAACAGUUGGAGAAGUUUAUUGUGCUUGAGAAACUACAUGCCGUUUCCUUUUCAUCUCUUGAUACCUUCUUAAAGAAGGCAACGCCAGAAUUUAUUGUCAUAUCAUCCAGGAGAGUUGAAAAUAUAUUUGGUCACAUGUUGUUUCCUAUUGAUAACCCCAUUAGUGUAUCAUUGAUAUUUUCUUCUCGCCAAAGCAUAGAGUUGCUGUAUAGAAAACUGAGCAGUGAGAAACCUAUGCCGUUUGCAUUUAGAGAUUUCCAGUUGGUUCCUACUGAAGAGAUAGAGCAUGAAAUGGACUCUGCAUGGAAAUCCUUCAUGAAGAAGCAUUCAACUGGUUACCAGACUGCGACAAUAAUAGUCCGAUGUUUAAAAGAGGCUUUCUAGAAAAGGAACAGAAUGGGUAAUUCAGGGGAAGAUUGGAAUGACAAUCUUGAAAUAUCUAUUGGAAAAUUAUCUGCAGAAAUUGAAACUUUUUGCGGGUGAGAAAUUGAGAAUGUGUUGAACAAGAUUCUAUCUGGAUGCCCUGAGUUGGAGUUUCUGGAAGUAAAUUGUUGGGGCAUCGGAAGUUUUAUCUCUAUUUCAUGUAAUCCUAGGUUAAAAUAUUUCUGUAUUGAUGGUGGUGGUACAGAGCUGAAGAAGAUUGAAAUUUUCGCACCCAGUCUUGAAACAUUUGAAUAUAUUUCACGAAAUUCAUGUGCCAUUGACUUGGCUAGUUUCACUGCUCUGAAACAUUUGAAUUUAAAUUAACCUUACCUCUUUGCUCAUCAUCUUCCUCCUAUUCAAUAUCUUUUGGCUAAGGUUCUCAGUAUUGAAAGUUUGUUAUUGUGAAAAGGCCAAAUUAAGAUCUCAAGUCCAUGCCUCUACUAUAAAUAUAAUUAUGUACCUUCAAU